AUGGCACCCAAGGACUCGAAGAAAGGCGGUGCCUCUACGGCGCCCAAGGGCGCUCAGGCCAAGAAGGCCGCCCAAGCUGCCCUCAAGGGUGUGCACGCCCACAAGAAGACCAAGGUCCGCUACUCGACGACCUUCCACCGCCCCAAGACCCUCCAGUUGUCGCGCGCGCCCAAGUACCCCCGCAAGUCGGUCGCCCACGAGCCCCGUCUCGAUGAACACAAGGUCAUCGUCCACCCUCUCAACACUGAGGGUGCCCUGAAGAAGAUUGAGGAGCAGAACACCCUCGUAUUCAUCGUCGACGUCAAGGCCAACAAGGCUCAGAUCAAGCAGGCUCUCAAGAAGCUGUAUGACAUUGACACCGUCAAGAUCAACACCCUCAUCCGCCCCGAUGGAUCCAAGAAGGCUUUCGCCCGUCUGACUGCUGAUGUCGACGCUCUAGACAUUGCCGCUACUAAGCUUGGUCUGGUUUAA